UCUUUUUUUCUUUCUUUUUUUUUUUGCAUCACUUUUGUUAAAAUAGUUAUAUGCGUGGUUUUAAAUCCAACAUUAGAGAAGCAUUAGGUCAACGUUUACUCUUUCCAAAUUGCAUCCAAGAAACCCAGGAUUAGGAACCAGCUUCAGCUCUCGACGCACAGGAGCCAAAGCUGCGCUCUCCCACCCACGGACAAAACUCUACCCCGCUUUCCGGUGGAAACCCAACCCCAAACACCGUCUCCGAGAGCCAUCCGGUUGCUGAGCCGAGGCUUUCGCUCUAACGAAACUUGGCGCCGGUCAAACCCGCCCAGCGAGCCACCCCCAGCCCGCCCCGCACCAGCCAGCGGGAAGAAUCCGCCUGUCAGCCGGCCUUGUGACCGGAAGGGCCGGGGAGCCGCCCCCGGAGGAAGAGCCAGCUGCAGGAGCGCACGGCGCUGGCAGAGGAGCCGCGGAUUUCCCGGGGAUCCGGCGGGGAGCGGAGGCGGUGGCGCCGGCUGGCCUGCCCUGAGCGGAGGCCUCGGGGGGGCGGCUUGGGAGGAGGGACGGAGGAGGCAGGUUGCAUCUCCACUUCCACUCCUGCGCCCGACCUGCUGUUUGCCUUCCCCUUCCCCUCGCUCUCGGCUCCGGCCUCUUCCCAUGGCCCUCGCCGGUGUAGCAGCCUCCCACCCGCGCGCUUAACCCAGCCUGGAGAGGGGCGUGUGUGGCGCAGAAGCCCGACCUGGCCAGGGUAGGUGCCGCUGGAAACGAGAGGAUGCGGAACGCCACGUCCCACCCAUCUUCCGUGGGCGAGGAAGCAGGAAAGGACGGGAUCCUGCCAAGGCUGGCUUGAGCCUGGAGGAAUUAAGGAGGGUGAUUUGGAGAAGAGCUGAGGCUUCGCUGAUGGUACAAUUUCUAUGGCUGUCCAAGCUGCAAAUGCAAGAGUUCAAUUAUAUUAAAAUAGUUAUCUUCAGAAAUUUAUUCCUCAGCAGUUUGGUGAACAGGUAUUGUGAAAAUUGUCAAUUUCAUACCAUUAAAGCUUUGAAGAGACAGGAAGCCUGGCGUUUUGAAUGAUGAAAAGACAAUGUAGCUUUCAAUCCAGAAGUCCAGAUCUCCAGUUUCUUUCUUUUAUUUAUUAAUUUAGUAGGCCAUUUUCUGGAAAGCACAAUGAGUGUCAAAGCCUUCAAGCUUGUUCCCGCAGUUGAGUGGGAGCUGCUGAUGGGUGACAGAUCUCAAAUUCGUAUCGAAUGUGUGGAGUGCUGUGGACGAAACCUCUACAUUGGAACAAAUGAGGGUUCUAUUUGCCAUUUUCUCUUGGAGGAGAAAAAUUCCCCUUCUGAAAAAACACCUUUUUCUAUUUCCAAGCAGCUGCAUAAGUAUCUCAGUUGCCGGAAGGCUGUGGGAGAGUUGAAAGCAGCUUCUGCACUUAACAGACUUCUGGUGCUCUGUGACAAUACCAUCAUUUUAAUGAACAUGAUCAACUUGGAACCCAUCUCCACUGGGGCCAGAAUCAAAGGAGCCCUGAUGUUCACAUUGAAUGAGAACCCUGUGAAUGGGGAUCCAUUCUGUGUGGAAGUGUGUAUUGUUUCAGUGAAACGGAGGACCAUCCAAAUAUAUUUGGUCUACGAGGACAAAGUACAGAUUUUGAAAGAAUGUUGCACGCGAGAACAGCCUUGUGCUGUAGCGGUGGAUGGCUAUUACUUAUGCCUUGCUUUCAUUAACCAAUAUAUUAUACUGAACUACAGUACUGGCGCUUCCCAGGAGCUCUUUCCUUACACUGGUGAACAGAAGCGACCAAUUGUGAAAAGAAUAGGCAGGGAAGAGUUCCUGUUGGCUGCACCUGGAGGAUUAGGUAUGUUUGCAACUGUGGAUGGCAUUUCCCAGCGGGCUCCUGUUCGCUGGUCAGAAAAGGUGAUUGGGGCUGCCCUCUAUUUUCCAUAUGUAAUUGCUCUCGAUGAAGAAUUCAUUACUGUGCACAGUAUGCUGGACCAGCAGCAGAAACAAACCUUGCCCUUUAAGGAUGGGCAUAUCCUACAAGAUUUUGAAGGGAAAGUAAUUGUAGCUACUACCAAAGGGGUAUACUUCUUGGUCCCACUGCCUCUGGAAAAACAAAUUCAAGACCUUUUGGGCAGCCGAAGAGUUGAAGAAGCACUAGUGUUAGCAAAGGGAGCCGAAAGGAAUAUUCCAAAGGAGAAGUUUCAGACAAUGUACAAGCGAAUUUUGCAGCAAGCAGGAUUUAUCCAGUUUGCACAGCUCCAGUUCCUUGAAGCCAAAGAACUCUUCAGAAGCAGCCAGCUGGAUGUCCGCGAGCUGAUUUCUCUCUACCCUUUACUGUUGCCUACUUCUUCUUCAUUCAUGCGGUCACACCCUCCUCUGCACGAAUAUGCUGACCUAAACCAACUUACACAAGGGGACCAGGAGAAGAUGAUCAAGUGCAAACAAUUUCUCAUGACCUAUCUGAGUGAGGUCCGCAGCACUGACGUCACAAAUGGCUACAAGGAGGAUAUUGACACAGCCCUGUUGAAACUCUAUGCAGAGUCCAAUCAUGAAAGUCUUCUGGAUCUUCUGGUCUCUGAGAAUUCUUGCCUUCUGGCAGACAGUGCUGCAUGGUUGGAGAAGCACAAAAAGUUUUUUGCACUUGGGCUCCUGUAUCACUCAAAUGGUCAAGAUGCUGCAGCACUACAGAUAUGGAUACAGAUAGUCAACGGGGAGAUUCAAGACUCUACACGCACAGAUCUAUAUGACUAUAUCGUAGACUUCCUAACCUCCUGUUCUGACCAUGAAUUGGUGUGGAAGUACGCAGAAUGGAUCUUAGAGCAUAACGAGGAGGUUGGUGUAUACAUUUUCACUAAAAGGCCCCUGGAAGACCAAGAGAAAAACAGCUUUAACCCAGAUGAUGUCAUCAAAUGCCUUAAAAAAUAUCCCGUGUCACUAGUAAAAUACUUGGAGUACUUAGUUCUAGAGAAAAGAAUAAAAAAAGAAAAGUACCAUACCCAUCUAACAGUGCUUUACCUCAAUGAAGUGCUCCAUCUGAAGUCACUGGAUGCCAAGAGGCAGGGGAAGCUAACAAAAAUGCAGACAAAACUACGCAGUCUUCUGCAGAGAUCUGACCUUUACCGAGUUCAUUUCAUUUUAGAUAAAAUUGCUGGCACAGAUCUUCAUGCUGAGUGUGCAAUACUGUAUGGGAAGCUAGAAGAACAUGACAAAGCUCUACAGAUUCUGGUCCAUGAACUGAAGGACUUCUCAGCCGCUGAGGACUACUGCCUAUGGAAUUCCGAGAGCAAAGGCCUUCCCUACAGACGGAAGCUUUUUCAUAUGCUGCUCUCAACAUAUCUCAAUUCCAGCACACCCAACCAUGAACUGAAUAUAGCAGCCAUUGACCUACUGAACAAUCAUGCAGCUGAAUUUGAUGCUGCAUGGGUUUUGCAGCUAAUUCCUGCCAGCUGGUCUGUACAGCUUCUCUCCUCGUUUCUGAUGGGUGCAAUGAGGGAAAGUCUCCAUUCACAAAGAAUGGCUGAGAUUGCACUGAAUUUAGCGAAAGCUGAGAACCUUAUUUACAAGCAUGAAAAGGUGAAACUAAGAGAAAGCCCAAUCCUUCUCUCUGACAAAAAGCUCUGCCAGGUGUGCCAGAAACCUUUCUGUGAACCUGCCUUUGUCCGGUAUCCCAACGACACUGUGGUCCACACGCACUGUGCUGCAAAGAGACUUGUGAAUUCCAACACAAACCAUCACUUAUCCAGCUCCAGUGGACGGACAUGAAAUGAAGUGAGUCAGUGGCUGUGCUAGAAUUGGAUUCCUGGGAGUAACAAAGGAGGAUCUGGAGGAAAAAGAACAAGGCAAGAAGAAGAGGCUGGCUUGGCGUAGAUGGAAAGGCACAAGCUCAAUGUGAAACGGAGCCACUGAACUUUUAAAAAAGUGACAACACAAGAAAUCACAGGGGUUUAUGUAGAAUGGAUCCUUUCCUCACAGGAAGGGUGAGUGGUUCAGCAUGAAAGAACUUUUUUUUAAUUAAAAUUUGCACUGAACUUGGUUAUCAACUGGUCUUGAAAUGAGAGGGGACAGCAUCACUGUUCUGUGCCCUCAAUAUGGUUAAUAUUUGAAGCACUUUUGAGCCUUUGUUCUCCUCCUUUUUCUGCCUUGGAUGUUCACCUAUUACAAACUGAUGGAAGCACUGAGCUCUUAGUAAUUCCUGCUUUAGUUAUGAGCAAGGCAGGACAAUGCAAAGACCACUGACUCACCAUUUCCAACCUUAGGAAUAAGUCAAAAUGUGGGUGUCUCUCAUGUAGGAAGCAUAUAACAUUUGGGAUUGGGAGGGGGGGAGAUCUGGUGGAACAGGCUGUAGUAAUUGUAAUGACUUAUUUAUUACCAUACAAAUGUUCUGUAAAUACUGUUGAAUGAAAAGGUUUUUUUUAUAUCUCAACAUUCUCUAGAACUAACAUAACUAAUCAGUGAUUCCUGGGUAGUGUUCUUUGUUUUGUUUAAGAGUCUAUACCCAUCAUUACAAAGAGCCAUUGUUAAUCUUUCCUGCAAGCAAAGAAACCAGUGCCUCUCCUUUGCAGGAAUGACAUGAAAACUUUUAUUCGAAGGGAUAACAAAAUGAAGAAAAAAAAAAUAACAAAUCAACAGGUGACUUCUCAAGGUGCUGAGUAUGCUUGGUAACAGUUAAUAAAAUACUUCAAGAAUUCUGAAA